GGUUUCCGGAUUUUAGGUGCGGAUGUCGGAAAGGACACUGCCCUGCCCUGCCGGGAGAGGGGCGGCUACGCUGCUGCUGACGGGCGCUGGGUGUCUGUCAUGGCGAUGGAUGAAGUUGUACAAAGAUGAGGGAGGCUGACACAUCUGACACAAUGAAGCCCCAAGACAGAGCUUCCAGGGCUGGGAGAAUGUCCAGUGAGAGGAAGAGAUGCGACUCCUUUGUGAACAGCCUGUUUGAAGAAGACGACGCUGGCGCUAACGCUUCUCCGGAAGAUGAUGAAAAUUGUGCAGAUGUUGUUAUCAAGAUGUGGAAAAACGGGUUUACAAUCAAUGACGGACAACUCAGGGACUACACCGAUGCUGCAAACCGUCAGUUCAUGGACUCUAUGAGGAAAGGGGAGCUCCCCUCAGAGUUGGAGAGGACGUUUGAGAAAGAAGAGGUGGCUGUGAACGUUGUAGACCGGAAAAGUGAAGAGUACUCGAUCAGAAAGAAACGCAUGGAUCCAUUCUCCGGGCAGGGUCACCGACUGGGAAGCGCUGCCCCAAAAAUAGUUACCAAAGCCUGGGCCGAUACGGAUAACGAGGAUGAGCUGAUCCUUCCUACUGUGGAGCUGAAUGAGAAGGAGCCUUUUACAAACAUCAAGAUCUGGCUGGCUGACGGCAAGAGGGUUGUCCAGAAAUUCAACACUUCACAUAGGAUCACCGAUGUCCGAAACUUUCUGGAGAACAUCCCUUGUAAGUCAGGGAAGAUGCCUUUUAAGCUGGCGACCUCCUUCCCACUGUGUGACUUGCUGGACGAGACCAUCACCCUACAGGAAGCCCGGCUGCAGAAUGCCGUACUGGUCCAAAGACUGCAGAAAACCACAGAACCUUUCAGGAACACUUAGUCCGAAACCCCUCGAUACCCGGUGCUAUAGAUCACGGAGAUCCCAAAAUGUAGAGAUUAGUUUUGUUUAGGACUUUUUUUUUCUUGUUAAAUCUGAGAAGCACUGUGAGCAGACUGUACUCCUCCACUGGUGUAGCGGCUUUGGCCAACCUGUUCUGUUUUCAUGAACGUGAGUGAUUGGAUGGAAAAGGAGAACUGAAAUACAUUGCUACACAUGCUCGGACUGCCUCAUUGUAAUCCACUUGCACCCUCUCAGGUUUUCCCCCAAAGAGUGUCAGGCCCGUUUACAACACUCUGACAAGUGCUCUGCUGGCAUUUGCUGACAUUGAUGGCUUUAAAGCGCAGUGCGUAAUCCCGUCUUGUAAUGGUUAAUUAGGAUAGUAGCAACCACUUUGGAAUGCGUUAUGCAGAGCAUGCAAGAAACGUUUAAUCAUUGUUUUAGCGGUGCGAGAUAAUGCAGCUUGGAUCAUGCGCAUUAAGGUGAACCAGGACCUGUUGCCUCCUUACAGUGCAGGCAGCCAUCUUUGUGGGUGGAGCCAAUAUUUGUCAGAAUGUACCAAGGAAGCCGACAGAAAUGUUGCUGCUGCGUUGUAUGUUGGCAACAGGUGGAUGCUUUUUAAGGUAAUAAUUUUAGUCCGUUUUACUAGACAUGAAGGGGUCUAUUCAUGUGAGAAUGCGAUGGUUUGUUUUUACUUACCACCAAACAUCGCAUUCUUACGGGCUGCUUUUUUUUUCAUAUACUUAUCCCAAUUCAUGAUCCUUUGCCGGCUUCCUGAUGCGAUGCGGUAUCUGGUCCCAUAACGAUUCUGUCUUCACUCCUCCUACCGCUACUUGAUUGGCAGUGUUGUGAUUCUGCGCAUGCGCUCCUUAAUUCCAGUCCUCUUCCGUCUUCUGCGCAUGCGCCGGCGGCUUCUGUCCGAGGUGAGACCAAUCAUCUCAGCGGCGCAGGGUAGGUGCAGCCGGCAGUGCGGAGGUGGUGACCAGGCAUAUGCAUAUGUCGGGUCACCUCAGCGGCGGAGUGACUGGGGGGGGGGGCGGAGGUGGACAGGCGGUGGGAGCAAUGCCUCGGGGGAACUGUGACAGCGGCCCAGGCAGUCAGGAGGAGGAGACCCAGCAUAUGCAAAUGUGUAUGCCCUGGGCUCCUGUAAUUGGCUCCUGUCACGGAAGGAGGCGGGGAGAAAGCAGGAAACCGUUGUGCAGGAGACGGAUGUCUUCACUGCUCUUCUCCCUUACAAGCCUCCCUCCGCCAUUCUGAGAUGGUGAUGGGAUUUUGCAAAGCGGAACAGAAAGCUGGGCUUUCCUAUCCUACAUGAAUUGCACUCGCCAUACAAAAGUGUGGUGAUGCGAUUCAGCCACAGAGCAGGGGUGCCGCUGAAGAAGACAGAACCUUCUCCAUGGUAACCCGCUCUGUGAAUUGCAGUAAAUAGAGAAAAGCCCUGUGUACCGCAAAACAGGGCGUUUUCUCUGUUUCAUGAAUAAACCCCUAAAACUGAGUCCUGUACAUUUUAUGUAGCAGAACAGACAUUACCCUCUGGACUUCUGGUUGUUACAUAAAGUACUAGCAGCAUGCUGAGUGCAUUCCCCUUUCUUUCUCUUCUUCAGGGCAUUGUAUAACGGGAAGAAAGAGCCUUUACACCCAGUGACCGUACGCUUCUGCUUCCCCCUCCCCCAGCUCAUGGCCACUUGGCCUGCUAGACAUUACAGAUCACAAGUAAUGUCAGGCCUGCCCCGUGCUGUCGGCUCACGACGAAGGACUGUUCUGCAUACUAACGUCACCUGGUUGCAGUGUGUGUGUUAGCCAAUUAACAUUUUCGGGCUUCGUUUUUAUAUAUCUAUUAAACAUUUUAAGCUAA